GUAUUUAUUGCACAGUCAAGAGCUUCUGGAAGCCACCGAGACGUUGAAGAUGAGGAGCUUACACGAAUCUUUGUUAUGAUACCAAAAUCCUAUACAGAGGAAGAUCUGCGAGAGAAGUUUAAGAUGUAUGGAGACAUUGAAUAUUGCAGCAUUAUUAAAAACAAGACUACUGGAGAAAGUAAAGGUUUGGGCUAUGUGAGGUAUUUAAAACCAUCGCAAGCUGCCCGAGCAAUUGAAGAAUGUGAUCGAAGCUACAGGGCCAUUUUGGCUGAACCUAAAAAUAAGUCAUCCGAGUCUUUUGAACAUGAUUAUUAUAGUAAUAACACGAGGCAAGAACCAAGAGGAAAUGCACUUCCGUUUUGUGGGCAGCCGGAGUUUUGUAGUUUUGAAAAAAAUGAGAGCAGAAUUCAAGAGUCAGUCUCCAAACGUCUGUCAGUGGUAUCACGGCUUCCCUUUAUCCAAGAGCAGCUGUUCGCUCUUUUUGAUCUAGUCCCAGGACUGGAAUAUUGUGAUGUUCAGCGAGAUCCUCAUACCAAUAGUGGGUAUGCUGUGAUUCAGUACAGUACUGCUGCGUCAGCUAUAUAUGCCAAGUAUAAAUUACACGGUUUUGAGUAUCCUCCUGGAAAUCGAUUAACUGUCAUUUUCCUGGAAGAUGGGAGUGAUAGCUCAGACCUCAUCAGAAAAAUGGCAACACAGCUGGUAACAGCACAUGUGUCGUCAGUGUUGCGGAAUAAUAAUGCAACUGUUCAGCAGUAUAGGACACCCCCUCAGGCAUUUGGAGGAACUUCUGGCUCACAGUUACUUCAGCCCCAAACAGACGCCAUACUGCCGCCACACAAAAAAAAAGUUCCACCUGACACUUCCGUGAAGGAAAGGCUUUUCAUACUUUUUCAUCCCCAUCCUUUACCUGUUAAUGUGUUGGAGGAUGUGUUCUGUCGUUUUGGACACUUGAUAAAAGUUUACCUUGUGGCUGGAAAAAAUGUGGGCUAUGCAAAAUUUGCAGACAGAGCAAGUGCCAGUGAUGCCAUAACUGCGUUACAUGGCAAGAUUGUGAAUGGUGUCAGGCUUAAAGUAAGGUUGGCAGAUUCGCCUACAGAAGAAUCUAACAAACGUCAGAGAACUUACUGAGCAGGUGAGUACCCAGUCUGAGCUGUUACUUAAACUGAAGUUCAACUACUUGAAAUAGUGAUAGG